GUGCCAUCCUUUGCCGCGUCUGGUGGCCGAAAAGUACGGGAUAGCAGUUCUUCCAGAUAGCGAAUGAGUCUCAGCCUUACCAAGCUGCAACCUCCCUCCUCAGCCGACGUGAUAGUCCCAAAUACAAGCAUGGCCACUGAAUCAGCAGUCGACGACACUAACAUCUAUGAGCACUUGGAGAACUAUCCUUGGGAUAACGACAAAGAAUUUCAGGGAGGACUUACAGCAAUCCUCGGUCCCAACCCUUCACCAUCCCAACUAGAAGACUUAACUCUCCGCGCUCAAUGCUUCUAUCUCUCACGCAAAAAGUCCAUUCCAAUCGACUUCAAUGGCUAUAAAGCAUACCUUGAAUCCAAACAAUCACCAUCCAAAGCAGUAGAAGCAUCAAUAUCACCUUCAGCCUCACCUUCCAACACUCAAUCGAACUCCACACCCAUAACCCAAGCAACUUCAACCCAGUCGCAAGCCCAAGCUCAACCCGCCACAACCAAUACCCCCAAUAUGGCUUUAUCAAACACACCAACCUACCCCACAUCUUUCACCUCGCCCUCCACAACCGUCACACCCGGCGCUCAACCAGGCGCACCCUACCCCCGCAGCUUCGCCGAGAUCGUAGCGCUGAUCCAAAGCGGUGAGCCCAUUCCCGGCAUCAGAGAGAUAGACGACACGCCGAUGGGUCUAGCAGCUAGCAGCCCGUCCGUUAUGCCGAAGCGUCGGAAGCCUUGGGAGAAGGAUGUCCCGGAAGAGAUCAUACAGGGCCGAGGACCCGGGACGUUUGGAGAUCAUAGGGAUCAUCAGAUUCAGCAGGAGUAUCCGGAUGCUUGAGAGUGGGUAUUGAAGGCGGCGGGCUUGUCUUUGACAUUCUGGUUGGAGAGUGUGGCGAAUGGAUAUUUUGGAUGAGAUUGUUGAGUUGUUGGAGUAUCAGAGAAAUUGACGAAAUGGAUUGUCGACGGGACGACAUAUUGCUAUCAUGGACUGGACUGGAUGGAGUUACAGCGGCAGAAGGGUGGCACAUUGCAUAUAUUACCAGCAUGGCACUGGAGGAAAGGAUUUGUUUGGCUAAGCAAUGUCCGCUUCAUGGGAUGUCGACCUCACACAUGAGCUCGGCUACACCAGACCAGGGACAUAAACAUCGCUAUCACACAAACGGGUGGGUUGCACUCCUGUCUCAGAAAGAGAAGAAGCUGCUCAUAUGGCUAUCAUUACCACUCUUGGCACCUCCAUAUCCCAAAGAGCGUUGGAUUUAUUUAGCAUUCAACUAUCAAACAUAACGAAUACACUUCUCAGACCGAAACCCCUCUGCAAAGAGUUCAAAAAUUGAUGUACACAUUUUUUUUAAAAACGAU